UAUAACAAUUCGUCGGUUUUUUGCUUGCAACGAUUAAUAAAUAUCAUAUCUAGUGCUUUUGUUUACAUUUGCGAUGAACUUGUUGCGCUAUGUGAAUUUCGGAUGCAGUGUCAGCUCAGUGCAAGGCAAAGAUGUGAAACAGUACGGCAAGCACAACAUGUUUGACUUGAAGGCUGACACCUCAUGGAAUUCUAGUGAAGGUAUUCCACAAUGGGUUGUUAUCCGUUUUGAAGAGCCACAGUCAAUAAGCAAAUUUUUAAUACAGUUUCAAGGUGGUUUUGCAGCUAAAGCCGUAUCAGCUUCCGUGCAAGCUAGGAAUGGAGAACUAAUCGUAGAGGAAACCUUUUACCCGGAGGAUGUUAAUUCACCACAAACUUUUCUAUUGAAGGCGCCUGUAACAAAGAAAGAAGCGUCGAAAAUGAAAUUGCUAUUUCCGUCAAGUACUGACUUUUUCGGUAGAAUAAUUGUGUAUAAAAUUGAAAUAUAUGAAUAAUAAAUACAUAUCGAUAUCUGAGUGGAAGAUCGGCCUGUCUCGGAAUUUGGCU